GGCGCCCGCCGCGCUCGCCACGAUGCCCAGGGCGCAGCUCCUGCGGCUGCUGGUGGCCGCGGUCUCUGCAGCUGUGGCGGUGGCCCGUGAGCCCCGGCUGGCGCUGCCUCCCGCCUCGGGGGACGCCACCCUAGCCUUCGUCUUCGAUGUCACCGGCUCCAUGUGGGACGACCUGAUGCAGGUGAUUGACGGCGCCUCGCGCAUCCUGGAGCAGACCCUGCGCAGCGGCAGCCUCGUAGCCAACUACGCACUGGUGCCCUUCCACGACCCAGAUAUCGGCCCAGUCACGCUCACGGUGGACCCGGUGGUGUUCCAGAAGGAGCUUCGAGAACUCUAUGUGCAGGGUGGUGGCGACUGCCCCGAGAUGAGCGUGGGGGCCAUCAAGGCUGCUGUGGAGGUCGCCAACCCGGGCUCCUACAUCUACGUCUUCUCGGAUGCCCGUGCCAAGGACUAUCACAAGAAGGAGGAGCUGCUGCAGAUCCUGCAGCUGAAGCAGUCGCAGGUGGUCUUUGUGCUGACGGGUGACUGUGGUGACCGCACCCACCCUGGUUACCUGGCCUACGAGGAGAUCGCCUCCACCAGUUCGGGACAGGUUUUUCACCUGGACAAGCAGCAAGUGGCAGAGGUGCUGAAGUGGGUGGAGUCGGCGAUCCAGGCCUCCAAGGUGCACCUGCUGUCCACAGACCACGAGGUGGGAGGGGAGCACACCUGGGGACUUCCUUUCGACGCCAGCCUCAAGGAGGUCACCAUCUCCCUGAGUGGGCCGGGGCCUGAGAUUGAAGUCCGGGAUCCGCUGGGGCGGGUCCUCCAGCAGGAUGAGGGUCUCAACGUGCUGCUCAGCAUUCCCGACUCAGCCAAGGUGGUGGCCUUUAAGCCUGAGCACCCUGGACUGUGGUCCGUCAAGGUCUAUAGCAGCGGCCGCCACUCAGUGAGGAUCACAGGCAUCAGCGACAUCAACUUCCGGGCAGGCUUCUCCACGCAGCCCUCUCUGGACCUCAACCACACCAUCGAGUGGCCCUUAGAAGGCGUCCCCAUCUCGCUGGUGAUCAACUCCACGGGCCUGCAGGCACCUGGCCAUCUGGACUCCGUGGAGCUCACGCACAACUCAGGGCGUCCCCUCCUGACUCUGCCGGUGCAGCCCCUCUCCAAUGAGUCCACGUCUCAGCUGUGGGCCGGGCCGCCCUUCCAUGCCCCCAAAGAGCGCUUCUACCUCAAAGUGAAGGGCAAGGACCCCGAGGGAAAUUCCCUCCUCCGUGUCUCCGGGGUUUCCUACAGUGGUGUGGCUCCAGGUGCCCCCCUGGUUGGCAUGCCCCCCAGGAUCCACGGCUACCAGCAGCAGCCCUUGCUAGUCUCCUGCUCUGUGCACAGCGCCAUCCCCUUCCGGCUGCAGCUUCACCGGGAUGGGGUCCGGCUGGGCGAGGAGAGGCACUUCCUGGAGUCGGGGAACAGCAGCUGGGAGAUCCCACGGGCCUCCAAGGCUGAGGAGGGGAUCUACGAGUGCACAGCAGUCAGCAGCACUGGGACCGGACGGGCCAGGGCGCAGAUUGUCGUCACAGUGGCCAAUCUGUCCCUGGAGGUCAGUGGAGUUGUCCCCAGUGACAGCGGACGGUACCAGUGCGUGGCCACCAAUGCCAAUGGGGCCACGAGGGCAUCCACCUGGCUGCUGGUGCGAGAGGCGCCACGGGUGAGCACUGACACCAGGGCCCAGCACUUCUCCCAGGGUGUGGAGGUGAAGAUCAACUGCUCAGCCUCGGGGUACCCCACACCCCACCUGUCCUGGAGCCGGGAGGGCCUUGCCCUGCGAGAAGACAGCAGAAUCCGUGUGGAUCCCCAGGGAACCCUAAUCAUCCGGGGAGUAGCCCCAGAGGAUGCUGGGAAUUACACUUGCUGGGCUGCUAAUGAAGUGGGCACAGACGAGGAGACGGUCACCCUGUACUAUACAGACCCCCCGUCGGUGUCUGCUGUGAAUGCCGUGGUGCUUGCUGCUGUGGGGCAGGAGGCUGUGCUGGCGUGCAUGGCUGCAGGCGUGCCCCCGCCCCGGGUCGUCUGGUACCGAGGGGAUCUGGAAAUGAUCCUGGCCCCCGAGGGCUCCAGCUCAGGGACGCUGCGGAUCCCCUCAGCUCAGGAGAGGGAUGCUGGUGUCUACACCUGCCGGGCUGUCAACGAGCUGGGCGCUGCCUCUGCGGAAGUGCAGCUGGAGGUUGGACAUGCCCCCCAGCUGACGGAGCUGCCCCGGGCCGUCACUGUGGAGCUGGGCCGGAGCGCCUUCCUGGCCUGCCGGGCCACAGGCCGCCCGCCCCCAGUGGUCACCUGGCGUCGCGGAGACGGCCAGUCCCUGGGGCCCUGGAGGAGCAGCGGGCUUGGGCGACAGGACUCAGGCAUACUGUUCAUUGAAAGUGUGGCCCCACAGGACCAGGCCACCUACAUCUGUGAAGCUCAGAACGUCUUUGGGAAGGCCCAGGCUGAGACCCGGCUCACUGUCACCGGACAUGCACCCCCACAGAUUGCUGGCAGUGCCUCUACCGUGCGCGUCCUGGAGGGCCAGCCGGUGUCCCUGCCGUGUGUCAUCCUGGCUGGGAAGCCCCUCCCAGAGAGGCGCUGGCUCAGGGCCAGCCGUCCUCUCCCAGCAGACGGCGGGGGCUCUGUCCGGGCUGACGGCAGCCUCCACUUCGACCGGGCCCUGCAGGAGGACACAGGGACCUACAGCUGUGUGGUCACCAAUGCGGCUGGCUCCCAGCACCGAGAUGUGAAGCUGAUUGUCCAGGUGCCGCCUAGAAUCUAUCCCGUUGCUACCCACCACGUCACCAAUGAAGGGGUUCCAGCCUCUCUGCCCUGUGCUGCCUCGGGAGUUCCCACCCCAACCAUCACCUGGACCAAGGAAACCAAAGCCCUGACCUCCAGGGGUCCCCACUACAAUGUGAGCAAGGAUGGCACCCUGGUCAUCACCCGGCCAUCCCUGCGGGACACGGGGACCUACAUGUGCACAGCCACCAACGCCGUCGGCUUCUCCAGCCAGGAGAUGCGGCUUUCAGUCAACACCAAGCCCAGGAUCCAGGUGAAUGGGUCGCAGGAUGCAGCCUCGCCAGUCAGGGUCACAGCCAAGGUUGGAGAAGAGGUGACCCUGGACUGUGAGGCUCAGGGCUCCCCACCUCCCCUGGUCACCUGGACGAAGGAUGCCCACCCUCUGCUGCCCGGCAUCAACAGCCACACCCUCCUUCCGUCCGGGUCCUUGCGCCUGGCACCGGCCCAGGUGGGUGACAACGGCCAGUAUGAAUGCACCGCCAGCAACCCCGCCGGCUCGGCCUCGCGGCACUAUGUUCUCGGGGUGCAAGGGACCCCCAAACCGCAGGUCACGUGGCACAAGGGCCCAUCUUCAGAGCCCCUGAGUGGCCGGCCGGGUGUGGCAGUGCUGGACGAUGGGUCCCUGUUCCUGUCCUUGGUCUCACCCACCGACAGCGGAGACUAUGAGUGCCGGGCCACUAAUGAGGCAGGCUCUGCUUCCAGGAGAGCCAAACUGGUGGUCCACGUGCCCCCCAGUAUCCGGGAGGAGGGGCGCAAGGACAACGUGUCGGGUGUCGCCGGGCAGCCGUUGUCACUGGAGUGUGACGCACAUGGCUUUCCAGCCCCUGAGAUUGCAUGGCUCAAGGAUGGGCAGCCGAUCCCUGAGGCUGGCAGCCGCCACCUGCUGCAUGGGGCCCGGACCCUCCAUUUCCCCAAGAUCGAGGAGGCUGAUUCCGGCCUUUACUCCUGCCGUGCCGAGAACCAGGCAGGGAGCACCCAGAAGGACUUCAGUCUCCUGGUGCUCAUCCCCCCUUCCAUGCUGGGAGCUGGGGUUGCACAGGAGGUGCUGGGCCUGGCUGGUGCUGACGUGGAGCUGGAGUGUCGGACCUCAGGGGUCCCCACACCCCAAGUGGAGUGGACCAAGGAUGGGCAGCCUAUCUUUCCAGGAGACCCUCGCACCCAGCUCUGGGAGGAUGGCCAGGUCCUGAGGAUCGCCAGCAGUCACCCGGGGGAUGAGGGUCGGUACCAGUGCACGGCUUUUAGCCCAGCGGGCCAGCAGACCAAGGACUUCCGGCUCCGCGUGCACUCACCCCCCACCAUCUGGGGCUCCAAUGACACCGGCGAAGUGGCUGCCAUGGAGGGACGCCUGGUGCAGCUUCUGUGUGAGGCCCGAGGCACCCCUACCCCCGAGAUCGCCUGGUUCAAGGAUGGGACCCCGCUCCCCAGCAGCAGCAGGGUGGUCUCCACCAGGGGUGGCCGGCAGCUACAGCUGGCCCGGGCCCAGGGAUCGGAUGCUGGCAUCUACACCUGCAAGGCCAGCAACCCUAUGGGUGUCACAGAGAAGGCCACCAGGCUGGUGGUUUAUGUUGCACCCACCAUCGAGGGUGCCCGUGGAGGGCCGUACGUGGUGCAGGCUGUGGCCGGGAGGCCCUUGGCGCUGGAGUGUGCGGCCAGAGGCUUCCCGCCCCCCACCGUGUCCUGGCAGCAUGAGGGGCUGCCGCUGGCCGAGAGCAACGGGACCUGGCUGGAGCCGGAUGGCGCACUGCGGCUGCAGAGCCCAGGGGAAGCGUCCGGGGGGCUGUACAGCUGCGUGGCCAGCAGCCCUGCGGGCGAGGCCGUGUUGCAGUAUGCUGUGGAAGUACAGGUACCCCCGCAGCUUCUGGUGGCUGAAGGCUUGGGCCAGGUGACUGCCAUCGUGGGACAGCCCCUGGAACUCCCAUGCAGGGCCUCAGGCUCCCCGGUACCCACCAUCCAGUGGCUGCAGAACGGCAGCCCUGCAGAGCGGCUGGCAGGAGUGCGGGUCUCCUCUCAGGGAACCCUGCUGCACAUUGACCACGUGGAGCUGGGCCACGCGGGCCUCUUUGCCUGCCAGGCAACCAACGAUGCCGGCACCGCAGGGGCCGAGGUGGAGGUGUCUGUGCACGAGCUCCCGACAGUCGAUGUCAUUGGGGGUGAGAAUGUCACAGCCCCUUUCCUGCAGUCCGUGACUCUCCAGUGUGUAGGGGCUGGCACGCCUACCCCAAGCCUCCGCUGGUGGAAGGAUGGGGUGGCCCUGGCAACGUCAGGGGGGACCCUGCAGAUCAAGAAGGUGGACCUGAGGGAUGAAGGCAUCUACACCUGCACCGCUACCAGCCUGGCUGGGGAGAGCAAGAGGGAUGUGGUGGUCAAGGUUCUGGUUCCUCCUAACAUCGAGCCAGGCCCUAUCAACCAGGCUGUGCUGGAGAAUGCAUCCAUGACCUUGGAGUGCCUGGCUUCAGGGGUGCCUCCUCCCGAGGUCUCCUGGUUCAAGGGCCACCAGCCCAUCUCUGCCCAGACAGGGGUGAUGGUUUCCGCUGAUGGGAGAAGUCUCCACAUUGAGCGAGCCCGGCUUUCUGAUGCGGGGAGCUACCGCUGUGUGGCUUCCAACGUGGCAGGCAGCACAGAACUUCAGUACGGCCUCCGGGUCCAUGUGCCUCCCCGAAUCACCCUGCCACCCAGCCUGCCAGGCCCAGUACUGCUUGGUGCGCCUGUCCGGCUGACGUGCAAUGCCUCUGGCGCUCCCAGCCCCAUGCUGAUGUGGCUGAAGGAUGGAAACCCUGUGUCACCAGCAGGGACCCCUGGCCUCCAGGUCUUCCCUGGGGGCCGGGUCCUCGCCUUGGCCAGUGCCCGGACCUCCGACUCGGGCAGCUACUCCUGCGUGGCUGUGAGUGCGGUGGGUGAAGACCGCCGAGAUGUCACCCUGCAAGUCCAUGUGCCCCCGAGCAUCCUUGGGGAGGAGCUGGCCAUCUCUGUAGAGGCCAACCAGUCUGUGACCCUGGAGUGUCGCAGCCACGCCGUGCCCCCACCGGAGCUGAGCUGGCGGAAGGAUGGGAAGCCCCUGCGGCUGCGGCCUGGCAUCCGUCUCUCUGAGGACAAGGCCUUGCUGGAGGUGACCAGGGCAGAGGUGGGGGAUGCCGGCCGCUACACCUGUGAGGCUCUGAACCAUGCCGGUCGCUCUGAGAAGCAAUUCAGUGUGAACGUCUGGGCGGCUCCAGUGUUCCCUUUGAGGGAGCCCCGCGCCCUGGUUGUGAUGGAGGGGCAGCCCGCCAGGCUGUCCUGCGAGUGCCGUGGUGUCCCCUUCCCCAAGGUCUCCUGGAGCAAGGACGGUCAGUUGCUACCUGGGAAGGAGCCUGGCGGGGAGCACCUGUCAGUGGUGGGACGGCUGCUGUACCUCGCGCGGGCACAGCCGGCACAGGAGGGGACAUACACGUGCGUGUGCAGCAACGUGGCUGGGAACAGCAGCCAGGACCAGCAGCUGGUGGUGCACGCUCCCCCCCAGAUCGCCGGUCCUCGAGAGCCCCUCACGCACGUGUCCGUGCUGCAGGGCGGAGAGACCACUCUGGACUGCAAUGCCACGGGGAGGCCACAGCCGGCGGUGACGUGGGAGCGGGAUGGGCAGCCUGUGAGGGCCGAGCCCGGCCUGUCGCUGCAGAACCAGGGCCAGAGCCUGCAGGUGCAGCGGGCGCAGGGCGCCCACGCAGGACGGUACAGCUGCGUGGCCGAGAAUGCGGCGGGGCGCGCCGAGCGGAGGUUCGCGCUGUCCGUGCUGGUACCCCCUGUGCUCGUGGGUGACACGGACACCCUGACCAACGUCACAGCCACCUUGCAUGAAGCCUUGACACUGCUCUGCGAGGCCACAGGGGUGCCGCCCCCUGAAGUGCGCUGGUUCCGGGAGGAGGAGCCCUUCCAACCCCGGGAGGACACCUACCUGUUGGCAGGAGGCUGGAUGCUGAGGGUGACGCAUGCUCAGGAGCAGGAUCGAGGUCUCUACUCGUGUCUGGCCAGCAACGAGGUUGGAGAGGCGCGAAGGAACUUCAGUGUGGAGGUCCUGGUUCCUCCCUCUAUAGAGAAUGAGGGUCUGGACGAGGUGACCAAGGUGCCCGAGGGACAGACUGCCCAGCUGAUCUGCAAUGCCACAGGCCACCCACAGCCUAACAUCACCUGGUUCAAAGAUGGCCGGGCACUGGCUGCUGGAGACACCCACCACAUCUCUCCGGACGGAGCCCACCUGUGGGUCCCCCAGGCCAACCUGUCUCAUGCCGGCCACUACUCCUGCAUUGCCACCAAUGCUGUGGGGGAGAAGACCAAACACUUGCAGCUCAGUGUGCUGGUGCUGCCCACCAUCCUGGGGGCCACCGAGGAUGGUGCUGGUGAAGAGGUGACCGUGACCAUCAACAACCCCAUUUCCCUGAUCUGUGAGGCGCUGGCCUUCCCUGCCCCCAACAUCACCUGGAUGAAGGAUGGGGUCCCUUUUGAGGAGUCCAGGAAUAUCCAGCUGCUCCCAGGGACACGCGGGCUGCAGAUCCUGAAUGCCCAGAAGGAAGACGCGGGCCAGUACACCUGUGUGGUCACCAAUGAACUGGGGGAGGUCACCAAGAGCUACCAUGUGGAAGUGCUCAUUCCCCCUUCCAUCUCCAAAGACGACCCCGCGGGGGAACUAGGGAUGAAGGAGGUAAAGACCAAGGUCAACAGCACCUUGAGCCUGGAGUGCGAGUCCUGGGGCUCACCCCCACCCACCAUCAGCUGGUACAAGGAUGGGCAGCCUGUGACCCCAGGCCAGCGCCUGCGAAUCCUGGGCGAGGGCCGCCUGCUCCAGAUCCAGCCCACACGGGUCUCGGACUUGGGCCGGUACCUGUGCGUGGCCACCAAUGUGGCCGGGGAAGACGACCAGGACUUCAACGUGCUCAUCCAGGUGCCCCCCAUGUUCCAGAGGGUAGGCGAUCCCAGGGCUGCUUUUGAGACCCUGUCCCAGGAGGAGGAGGCCCGGGGCGAGGUGAUGGAAUACCGAGAGGUAGUGGAGAACAACCCGGCCUACCUGUACUGUGACACCAACGCAGUCCCACCGCCAGAGCUCACCUGGUACCGAGAGGACAAGCCCCUCUCCGCCACAGACGACGGGGUCUCCAUGCUGCAGGGUGGCCGGGUCCUGCAGCUGCCCCUGGUGCGGGCAGAGGAUGCUGGGAGAUAUUCAUGCAAAGCUGCCAACGAGGUGGGCGAGGACUGGCUGCACUAUGAGCUACUGGUGCUGACCCCACCCGUGAUCCUGGGUGACACCGAGGAGCUGGUGGAGGAGGUGACUGUGAAUGCCAGCAGUACUGUCAGCCUACAGUGCCCAGCCCUGGGCAACCCGGUGCCCACCCUGUCGUGGCUGCAGAAUGGGCUGCCUUUCUCCCCAAGCCCACGGCUGCAGGUGCUGGAGGACGGGCGAGUGUUGCAGGUGUCCACAGCAGAAGCGGCUGAUGCUGCCAGCUACAUGUGUGUGGCCGAAAACCAGGCAGGCUCUGCGGAGAAGCUGUUCACCCUCCGGGUCCAAGUGCCACCACGAAUCAUAGGCCAGAACCUGGAGCAGGUCACUGCCGUUCUCAACAGCAGUAUCUCCCUCCCCUGUGAGGCCCAUGCUCACCCGAGCCCCGAGGUCACCUGGUACAAGGACGGCGAGGCUCUGGCCCUGGGGGAAAAGGUUUUCUUCCUGCCUGGCACCCACACGCUGCAGCUGCCCCGGGUGCAGCCCUCAGACUCCGGGACCUACAUGUGCGAGGCCCUCAAUGUGGCUGGCCGCGACCAGAAAGUGGUGGAGCUCAGAGUGCUGGUGCCCCCCACCUUUAGGCAGACCCCUGACAGCCCCCAGGAGGCAAUCCUUAUCCGGGCCGGGGACAAGGCCAUCCUGAACUGUGAGACAGAUUCUCUCCCAGAACCGGUCGUGACCUGGUACAAGGACCAGAAGCCCCUGGUCCUGGGGCCAUGGGUCCAGGCCCUGCAGAAUGCACAGAGGCUGGAGAUCCCGGUGUCUCAGGUGUCCGACAAAGGUUCAUACAGCUGCAGAGUCAGCAAUGCUGUUGGGGAGACCACGCGGACAUUUGUCCUCACCGUCCAGGUGCCCCCAACAUUUGAGAACCCCAAGAUGGAGACAGUGAGCCAGGUGGCUGGGAGACCCCUGGUCCUGACCUGUGAUGUGUCCGGGGUCCCUGCACCCACUGUGACUUGGCUGAAGGACAGAAUGCCUGUGGAGAGCAGCGUGGUGCAAGGCGUGGUCUCCCGGGGCGGCCGCCUGCAGCUGAGCCGCCUGCAGCCCUCCCAGGCUGGCACCUACACGUGUGUGGCCGAGAACGCCCAGGCCGAGGCCCGCAAGGAAUUUGUGGUGGCUGUGCUGGAGGCUCCCCGGAUCCAGAGCUCGGAUGCCCCGCGGGAGCACAGCGUGCUGCAGGGCCAGGAGGCGCGGCUGGACUGCGAGGCCCAGGGGCAGCCGCCACCCGACGUGGUCUGGCUAAAGGAUGGCACCCCGCUGCAGCAGGCUGUGGGCCCCCACCUCCGGUUCUACCAGGACGGCAGCUCCUUGGUGCUCAAGGGCCUGCAGGCCUCGGACUCUGGAGCCUACACUUGCAUGGCCCGCAAUCCAGCUGGGGAGGAUGCCAGGCUACACACGGUCACUGUGCUGGUCCCUCCCACCAUCGAGCAGGAGGCAGGUGACACGGGCAUGCUGGUAAGCAGGCCCGGGCAACUGGUGACCAUGGCGUGCCCGACCCGGGGCUCCUCACCCAUCCAUGUGAGCUGGCUCAAGGAUGGGCUGCCACUGCCGCUGUCCCAGCACACCCAACUCCAUCGCUCGGGCCGCACCCUCAGGAUUUCCCAGGUGCAGCCAGCAGACUCGGGCACCUUCACCUGCGUGGCCGUGAGCCUGGCCGGCGUGGCCAAUAGGAACUUCACCUUGCAGGUGCUUGUGCCCCCCAUCCUGGAGCCAGUGGACUUCCAGGAUGAUGUGGUGGCGACCCCUGGCUCCUCUGUGCUUCUGCCGUGUGAGGCCCAGGGAAGCCCCCUGCCUCUCGUGUCCUGGCUGAAGGACGGUGAACCCUUCUUGCCCCAGAGCCUUGAGCAGGGCCCUGGCCUGCAGCUGGAGAGAGUAGGAGCCGGUGAUUCGGGGACCUACUCAUGCGUGGCCACCAGUGAGGCGGGGGAGGCAAGGAGGCACUUCCGGCUGACCAUGAUGGACCCACCCCACAUCCAGCACUCGGGCCAGCCUGCAGAGCUGUCGCUGAUGGCUGGCGCCCCCAUGGAGCUCCUGUGUGAUGCCCAGGGUGUCCCUCCACCCAACAUCACCUGGCAUAAGGAUGGGCAGGCCCUGCGAGGGACAGAGGGGGGCAGCAGAGCUGGCCACGUGUUCCGCGUGGAGGAUGUGCAGGUGGGUGACGCAGGGCUGUACACCUGCCUGGCUGAGAACCCUGCAGGAGAAGCAGAGAAGAGCUUCCGGGUCAGAGUUCAAGCCCCUCCAAAUGUGGUUGGGCCCCGGGGUCCCCGCUCCGUGGUUGGCCUGGCUCCGGGGCAGCUGGUCCUGGAGUGCUCUGUGGAGGCAGAGCCAGCGCCUGAGAUUGAGUGGCACCGAGAUGGCAUCCUGUUGCAGGCAGACACACACACCCAGUUCCCAGAGCAUGGCCGGUUCCUGCAGCUGCAGGCCCUGAGUGCGGCUGACAGCGGCCACUACAGCUGCACGGCCCGCAACCGGGCAGGCAGCGCCAGUGUGGCCUUCCAUGUGGAGGUCCACGUGGCGCCCACCAUCCAGCCGGGACCACACACCGUGAACACUUCUGUGAACCAGACGGCCCUGCUGCCCUGCAGGGCCAGCGGGGAGCCCCCGCCCCUUGUGAGCUGGCGGAAGGAUGGAGCACCACUGGAUCCUGGGAGCCCCAGGGUGGAGGUUCUGAGUGAUGGGUCUCUGAGGAUCCAGCCUGUCCUCUCCCAGGACGCCGGCCACUACUUCUGUCUGGCGUCCAACUCCGCUGGCUCCGAUAGGCAGGGCCGUGACCUCCAGGUCUUUGAGCCUCCAGCCAUCGCCCCCGGCCCCUCCAACUUCACCCUCACCGCACCCAGGCCGGCCACACUGCCCUGUGAGGCCAGUGGCUCCCCCAAGCCCCAGGUGACCUGGUGGAAAGACGGACAGAAGCUGGACCUCCGCACACAGCAGGGCGCCUACCGCCUCCUGCCCUCCAAUGCCCUGCUGCUUGUGGCCCCCAGUGCCCGGGACUCAGCUCAGUUCGAGUGCGUGGUGAGCAACGAGGUGGGCGAGAGCCGCAAGCUGUACCAGGUGACCGUGCAGGAGCUUCCAACCAUCGCGGACGACCAGACGGCCUUCACCGUGACCAGGAUGGCACCCGUGGUCCUGACCUGCCACAGCACUGGGGUGCCGGUCCCCACCGUGUCUUGGAGCAAGGCAGGGGCCCAGCUGGGGGCCCGGGGAAGCGGCUACCGCAUUUCUCCUUCUGGUGCCCUGGAGAUCGGGCAGGCGCUGCCCAUCCACGCCGGCCACUACACCUGCACGGCCCGCAAUGCCGCUGGAGUGGCCCACAAGCAUGUGGUCCUCACUGUGCAGGCCUCCCCUGUGGUGAAGCCACUGCCCAGCGUGGUCCAGGUGGUGGCGGACGAUGAGGUGCUGCUGCCCUGUGAGGCCUCCGGCAUCCCCCGGCCCACUGUCACUUGGCAGAAAGAGGGGCUCAGCAUCCCUACAGGAGUGAGAAGCCAGAUCCUCCCCAGUGGACAGCUGCGGCUCAUCCGCGCCCACCCUGAGGAUGCUGGGAACUACUUCUGCAUGGCCCAGAACAGUGCGGGCAGCGCCAUGGGGAGGACGCGGCUGGUGGUGCAAGUGCCUCCCGUGAUCGAGAGCGGCCUCCCGGACCUGUCCACCACGGAAGGCUCCCACGCCCUCCUGCCCUGCGUGGCCAGAGGCAGCCCCGAGCCCAACAUCCGCUGGGAGAAGAACGGCCAGCCAGUGACCGUGUCCGGAGCCCAGGGCAAAUUCAGCCUCCAGCCCUCGGGGGAACUACUGGUGAAGAAUUUGGAGGGCCAAGACGCGGGAACCUACACCUGCACGGCGGAGAACGCAGUGGGCCGGGCCCGGCGGCGCGUUCAUCUCACCGUCCUGGCGCUGCCCGUCUUCACCACACUGCCAGGGGACCGCAGUGUGCGCCGCGGGGACAGGCUGUGGCUGCGCUGCGCGGCUCGGGGCAGCCCGACCCCCCGCCUUGGCUGGACUGUCAACGACCAGCCAGUCACAGAUGGCGUGUCUGAGCAGGAUGGGGGCAGCACACUGCAGAAGGCAGCAGUGACCAGAGAGGACAGCGGAACCUAUGUCUGCUGGGCUGAGAACAGAGUGGGCCGCGUGCAGGCGGUCAGCUUUGUGCAUGUGAAGGAGGCCCCUGUCUUACAAGGCGAAGCCUUCUCCCACCUGGUGGAGCCUGUAGGGGGCAGCAUUCAGCUAGACUGUGUGGUCCACGGUGACCCAGUCCCAGACAUCCAGUGGACCAAAGAUGGACUUCCGCUGUGGGACAGCCGCCUGCAGGUGCAGAACGGCUCGCUGACCAUCCACAAGACCAAGAUGGCUGACGCAGGGCGGUACCAGUGCCUGGCCGAGAACGAGGUGGGCGCCGUGAAGAAGGUGGUGACCCUCGUCCUGCAGAGUGUGCCGGUGUUCCGGGUGGAGCCCCAGGACGUCACGGCGAGGCCUGGAGAGGACGUGGCCCUGCGGUGCCAGGCCACUGGAGAGCCAGCGCCCACCAUCGAGUGGCUGCGAGGCGGGCGGCCCCUGCGGGCUGUCCAGCGGCUGCGGACCCUGCAGGAUGGGAGCCUGGCGCUGCAGCGCGUGGAGGCGGGAGACGCCGGGGCAUACGAGUGCGUCGCUCACAACCUCCUGGGCUCUGCCACAGCCCGGGCGUUCCUGGUCGUGAGAGAGCACCCCCAAGGGAGCCGGGGCAGUAUGAUUGGGGUGAUCAACGGCCAGGAGCUUGGUGUGGCCACUCUCAACACCAGUGUGCAGCAGGAGGCGCUUUCUGGGGUCACCACCAUCCACAGCAGCAUCAGCCGCAUCCCGGCAGAUGUGGGGCCUCUGAUGCGGGUGCUAGUGGUCACCAUUGCCCCUAUCUACUGGGCCCUGGCCGGAGAGAGCAGGGAGGCACUGAAUGGUCAUUCUCUGACGGGUGGCAGCUUCCAGCAGGAGUCACACGUGGAGUUUGCCACAGGGGAGCUGCUCAGGAUGACCCAGGUGGCCCGGGGCCUGGACACCGAUGGGCUCCUGCUCCUGGACGUGGUGGUCAAUGGCGCCAUCCCUGAGGCCCUGGCAGACACAGAUCUCCAAGUGCAGGACUUCGAGGAGCACUAUGUGCAGACGGGCCCCGGCCAGCUUUUCGUGGGCUCUACACAGCGCUUCCUCCACAACCACAUCCCUGGGCGUCUCCGCUGCAACCACAGCAUCCGGUAUGCGGCAGCACGGGGCCCGCAGCCCCAGCUGGUGCAGCACCUUCGGGCCUCGGCUAUCAGCUCGGCCUUCGACCCUGAGGCCCAGGCCGUGCGCUACCGGCUCACUACAGCCCUGCAAGCCGAAGAGAACGAGGUGGGGUGCCCUGAGGGCUUUGAGCUGGACCCCCGAGGAGAGUUUUGUGUGGACAGAGACGAGUGCGUGGGUGGCCCCAGCCCCUGCUCCCACUCCUGUCACAAUGUGCCCGGUCGCUUCUCCUGCUCCUGCCCAGUGGGCUUCACCCUGGCCUGGGAUGAGAGGACGUGCAGAGAUGUGGACGAGUGUGAGUGGGACGCCCAUCUCUGCCAAGAGGGACAGCGCUGUGUGAACCUGCUCGGCUCCUACCACUGCCUCCCUGACUGCGGGCCUGGCUUCCGGGAGGGGGCCGAUGGGACCAGCUGCGAAGAUGUGGACGAAUGCCUGGAACAGCUGGACGAGUGCCAUUACAGCCAGCUCUGUGAGAACACUGCGGGUGGCCACCGCUGCAGCUGCCCCAGGGGGUACCGGACCCAGGGCCCCGGCCUGCCCUGCCUAGAUGUCAACGAAUGUCAGCAGCUGCCUGAGCCCUGUGCCCACUGCUACAACCUCCAGGGUAGCUACCGCUGUCUGUGUCCCCCGGGCCAUACCCUCCUCCGUGACGGCAAGGCCUGCAUCCCACUGGAGCGGAGGAGACAGAAUGUGACCACUGUCAGCCACCGGGGCCCUUUGGUGUCCUGGCUGCGGCCCCGGGGCCCCCUCUCUGGUGGCUCUUACCACGCCUGGGUUUCUCUGCAGCCAGGGCCCAGAGCCCUGAGCAGUGUAGGCCGGGCCUGGUGCCCACCUGGCUUCAUCCGGCAAAAUGGCGCCUGCGUGGACCUUGACGAGUGUCGGGUGCGUGGCCUGUGCCAACAUGCUUGCCGGAACACCGAGGGCAGCUACCAGUGCCUCUGUCCUGCGGGCUACCGCCUGCUGCCCAGCGGGAAGAACUGCCAAGACAUCAAUGAGUGCGAGGAAGAGGACAUCCAGUGUGAGUCUGGCCAGAUGUGCUUCAACACCCGCGGUGGCUUCCAGUGCGUGGACACACCCUGUCCCGCCACUUACCGGCAGGGCGCCAGCCCAGGGACCUGCUUCCGCCGCUGCUCGCAGGACUGCGACGCCGAGGGUCCGGCCACCGUGCAGUACCGGCUGCUGCCGCUGCCCCUGGGCGUGCGCGCGCACCACGACGUGGCGCGCCUGGCCGCCUUCUCCGAGGCCGGCGUCCCCGCCAACCGCACGGAGCUCCGCGUGCUCGAGCCCGACCCGCGCAGCCCCUUCGCGCUGCGCCCCUUGAGCGCCGGGCUGGGCGCCGUCUACACCCGUCGCGCGCUCACCCGAGCCGGCCUCUACCGGCUCACCGUGCGCGCUGCCGCGCCGCGCCACCAGAGCGUCUACGUGCUGCUCAUCGCCGUGUCCCCGUACCCGUACUGAGCGGGGCGGGGACACCAAGGUGGCGGCGGCCGGCAGAACGUCCCCUUCUCGCUUCCUCGUGUGCUUGCGUCAGUCAAUUUCCGUAAACAGCGGCCGUCAGCACGGCUGGGAGUACAAUCCGCUGGCAGGACCCCGUGUCGCUGGCCCCAGAGACUGCCCAGGCCACUGGAGCCACUGGACAGGAACACAGGGCCCCUGUGUCCAGGAGGGGAACUGUCGGGACACAACAGCUGUCACCCGUCUGCACCUGGCAUGGUCCGCCUGAACCUGGUGUGUGUUAGUGUAUAAAAGCGGUGG